AUGGCAACAAAGUCAAGGAAGGUUGUUUUAUCUGUUCUUGUUCUUCUUCUGUUCAUGUUGAUGGGUUUCGAGUCUCUGCUGGUAGUUUCUGGCCAGGACUCGCCGACUCUAAGAGUGCUUUUGGAGGUAAAGGAAUCGUUCGUUAAUGACCCAUUAAAUGUUUUGGAAGGAUGGACUGCAGACAACCCAGAUUUCUGUAGUUGGAGCGGAGUUUUUUGUGGGUUCAACUCGGUUGAUGGCUCGUCUCAAGUGUUAGGCCUUAACCUGUCCGACUCGUCCCUUGCCGGUUCACUUUCACCCUCACUCGGUCUCUUGCCUUACCUGCUCCACCUCGACCUCUCCUCCAACCUACUCACAGGGCCCAUUCCACUUCACCUUGCUAACCUCACAUCACUUGUCUCUUUGCUGCUCUUCUCCAACCAACUCACCGGCCCGAUUCCAACCCAACUCGGAUCCCUCACUAGUCUCCAAGUCCUUAGGAUCGGUGACAACGGUCUCACAGGACCAAUUCCCAGCUCUUUCGGUGAUCUCUCCAACUUGAUCACUCUUGGUUUAGCCUCUUGCAGCCUCACUGGUUGGAUUCCACCAGAAUUAGGGCGGCUCGAACGAGUUGAGAACCUGAUUUUGCAACAGAACCAACUCAAAGGCCCGAUUCCAGCUGAGCUUGGGAACUGCUCGAGCGUCGUCGUCAUCACCGCUGCUCUUAACAAUCUCACAGGGACAAUACCGAGCGAAUUGGGUCGGCUCAGCAACCUUCAAAUUCUCAACCUCGCCAACAAUACUCUCUCCGGCGAAAUUCCGGCCGAGCUAGGUGAGUUAAGUCAACUCGUUUAUCUCAAUUUUGUAGGGAACCGUCUUGAGGGUACCAUUCCCAAAUCUCUGUCCAAGUUGGGAAGUCUUCAGAAUCUGGAUUUGUCCAUGAACAAGCUCACAGGAGGAAUCCCUGAAGAAUUUGGCGACUUGGGUGAGCUCAUUUACAUGUUGCUCUCAAUGAACGAACUUUCUGGUGCUCUCUCUGGAAAAAUCUGUUCAAACACAACCAGUUUAGAAUAUCUGGUUUUGUCUGGCAAUGGGUUUGUCGGGAACAUUCCAACUGGGUUCAGGGAUUGCAAGUCGUUGCAAAGAUUAGAUCUUUCUGAUAAUACGCUUGAGGGAUCAAUACCCAUGGAACUGUUUGAGCUGCUGAAUCUGACUGAUCUUUUAUUGAACAACAACAGCUUGGUGGGCUCAAUUCCUCCAUUCAUUGGAAACCUCAGUAAUCUUCAAACACUGUCUCUGUACCAUAAUAAUUUAUAUGGUAGUCUGCCUCCGGAGAUUGGGAAGCUCGGAAACCUCGAAAUCCUCUAUCUCUAUGAGAAUCAGUUAUCGGGGGAGAUCCCUAUGGAGAUAGGUAACUGUUCCAGCCUGCAAAUGGUUGAUUUUUAUGGAAAUCAGUUCACAGGGAGCAUUCCAAUCACCAUUGGAAAGCUGAAGGAAUUGAAUUUUCUUCAUAUCAGACAGAAUGACCUCACUGGCGAAAUCCCUGCCACCUUGGGUAACUGUCAACAACUAACUGUCAUAGAUUUGGCAGAUAAUAAUCUUACCGGUGGCAUCCCGGCAACCUUCGGAUUGCUUGAAUCCUUGCAGCUGUUCAUGCUUUACAACAAUUCUCUUGAAGGUAGUCUUCCAGAGGAACUAGUGAAUAUUGCCAACCUGACAAGGGUGAAUCUUUCCAAUAAUAGAUUGAAUGGUAGCAUUACAGCACUGUGUGGCUCGCGUUCUCUUCUUUCUUUUGAUCUCACUAACAAUUCUUUUAACCAUGAAAUUCCUCCCCAGUUGGGCCAUUCGCCUGCUCUUGGAAGGCUUCGGUUGGGCAGCAACCAAUUUAGCGGAAAAAUUCCUUUGACCUUGGGUGAGAUCAGUGAGCUCUCACUCCUAGACCUUUCUUAUAAUUUUCUCAGUGGAGUGAUACCUGUAGAACUCUCACUAUGCAAGAAACUCACCCACAUUGAUCUGAACAAUAACCUUCUUACCGGACCAAUCCCAACGUGGCUGGGAAGCUUGCCUCAGUUGGGUGAGCUAAAGCUCUCCUCGAAUUCAUUUGCUGGCCCUCUCCCUCGAGAAUUAUUCAAAUGCUCCAAUCUCCUAGUACUUUCUCUCGACAACAAUUCACUAUAUGGGACCAUUCCUCCUGAAAUUGGAGAUCUUGUAUCCCUCAAUGCCCUCGACCUCAGCCACAACCGAUUCUCCGGGCUUAUCCCUCCAGCCAUCGGCAAUUUGAGCAAACUAUAUGAGCUCUGGCUCUCAUGGAAUAGCUUCAGUGGCGGAAUACCGAUUGAGCUUUCAGAACUCCAAAAUCUGCAGAGUGUGUUGGAUCUCAGCUACAACAAUCUUACUGGUGACAUCCCACCUUCUAUUGGGACAUUGUCUAAACUUGAAGUGCUUGAUCUAUCUCACAAUGAGCUUGUUGGGGAAGUCCCUCUCCAAAUUGGUGAAUUGAGCAGCUUGGUCAAGCUUGACCUUUCUUACAACAGUCUCAGUGGCCAAUUGGACAAUCAGUUCUUGCAUUGGCCAGCCGAAACCUUUGCUGGGAACCUUGGCUUGUGUGGAAUCCCACUUCAGCCCUGUGACAACUCAGAAUCCAGCAGGCAUCACUCUGGUCCCAGAACAGCAUCAGUGGUGGCAAUCACGGUUGCCUCAACUGCAGCUGCUGUUGCUCUACUAAUACUAAUGCUUGUUCAUCUGUUGAAUAAGCACUACCGAUCUCUCAGACGAGCACACGAAGUGAACUGUGCGUCCUCUUCGAGCUCCUCACGAGCACAGCGGCGACUGUUCUUCCAAGGUGGCACCACCAGGCAAGAAUUCACAUGGGAAGACAUCAUGGAAGCCACCAACAAUCUAAGCGAGGAGUACAUGGUUGGAUCAGGUGGGUCAGGGAAGAUAUAUAAGGCAGAUUUACCCAAUGGAGAGGUAGUUGCAGUCAAGAACAUAUUGAGAAAAGACGAUCUCCUACUGGAUAAGAGCUUUGCCAGGGAGGUUCGGACCCUUGGCAGGAUAAGGCACAGGCAUAUAGUGAAGUUGAUGGGGUACUGCAGUAACAAAGGAACAGAAAUAAAUCUGCUGAUAUACGAAUACAUGGAGAAUGGAAGUGUGUGGGAUUGGUUGCACAAGCCAUUUCUCAGUGGUAAGAAGAAGAAUACCUUUGAUUGGGAAGUGCGAUUGAAGAUAGCAGAAGGGUUAGCACAGGGCAUAGAAUAUCUCCACCAUGAUUGCAUCCCACCGAUCGUUCACAGAGACAUUAAGUCAAGCAAUGUGCUACUUGAUACCAAUAUGGAAGCACAUUUGGGUGAUUUUGGGCUGGCAAAAGCACUUACAGAAAGCCAUGACUCGUCAAACACCGAGUCAAAUUUCUGGUUCGCUGGCUCUUACGGUUACAUAGCUCCAGAGUACGCGUACUCAUUGACGGCGACGGAGAAGAGUGAUGUGUAUAGCAUGGGUAUUGUGUUAAUAGAACUCGUGAGUGGACGGAUGCCCACUGAUGGGAUCUUCGGAGUUGAUAUGGACAUGGUGAGGUGGGUUGAAUCACAUUUUGACAUGCCGGGACCUGCUCGAGAGGAAUUAAUCGAUCCUUCUUUGAAACCGCUAUUGCCCAAUGAAGAAUGUGCAGUGUUCCAAGUGCUCGAUGUUGCACUGCAGUGCACAAGAACCGUCCCAGCAGAGAGACCAUCAUCUCGGCAAGUAUGUGACCUCUUAAGACACAUAUCUAACACAAGGAGGUUUCAUUGUGAGAAGAAGAUUACAACCCAUAAACAUUAG